UUGAUAAGGUAAUUACCAAUUUCUUCGUCUGCAAUUCUCUUCUUUUUAUCGAUCAAAAUAUCCAAUCGGAAGGGUAUAAAAGGAUGGCAAGUUUGUCAUUUGACAGCAAUAGAAGAAGAUAUUCCAAGUUGGACAACAGCAUAUUGGGACAACAUGUGGCGACCGUUUUUUCUCUGAUUUUCUUUCACUUCCAAGAAAGAAACAAUCAAUAAUUUCUUUCUUCUAAAAUGAACCAACACUGGCAAUCAACUGAAACUUGCAUAUACCCAAAUCAAGUCAAGAAAAGAAAUAAAAAAAGCUUCUCUAUUCUUGCAAUAGUUUAUGGCUCAAUUCACAGCACAAGGGCGCUUGAAAUUGCUAUUUAACAGUGACGGGGUUCACUUUAAGCUUCUUGGCAAUGGUUUUGUUGGUGGGUUGAGAUCAUUUCAACUCCAGAAGGGAAAACUGCGGUAUAUGGGUUCACGUUCAAGGCUUUAUGCUUCUUCUUUCCGCAAGAAGUCCGGGCAUUUCAUUGCGGAGGCAAGUAUCAGUGCAACGGAAGAUAGUGAUAGUGAUGAGAGUGAAGAUUAUGACAGUGAGUUUGAGACAGAUGAUUUGGCUUGCUUCAGAGGUCUGGUCUUGGAUAUCUCUUAUAGGCCUGUCAAUGUUGUCUGCUGGAAGAGAGCUAUAUGUUUGGAAUUCAUGGAGAAGGCUGAUGUACUAGAAUAUUAUGAUCAGACUGUAAAUUCCCCAAGUGGGUCCUUCUACAUACCAGCUGUAUUAAGGGUUCGUCAUCUGCUGCAGGUUGUUAAGAGAAGAAGAAUCAGAAGUAACCUUAGUCGUAAGAACAUAUUAUUUCGGGAUAACUACACUUGUCAGUAUUGCUCUUCACGUGAGAACUUGACCAUUGACCAUGUUCUACCAACUGUACGAGGAGGAGAGUGGACAUGGGAAAAUCUGGUUACUGCUUGUGCCAAAUGCAACUCAAAGAAAGGUCAAAAAACUGUAGAAGAAGCAAAAAUGAAGCUGACUAAGGUUCCCAAGGCCCCCAAAGAUUUCGACAUACUAGCCAUACCACUGACAAGUGCAGCAAUAAGGAUGCUGAGGAUGAGAAAAGGGACGCCAGAUGAGUGGCUUCAAUAUUUGGCAAAGCCAUCCUCAGAGCCAUGACAUCCAUCCUUUGUAAAAGCUGUACAUUCUUGUGCUUCAUGCAUACAAUUUAUAUCUCCUGGUACCCAGUUCUUCUAAAAACCCAUUAAAAUGUAUGCAUUCAAGAUGCAAUUGCACUGUGACUUGUAGAUUUUCUUUCUUUUGCUUAUGAAUUAGAUUAGCUAAUGGAUUUCAUUCAUGACUGAAGUAAACUUUACUCAAUUUCUGUUUGUACAUGGGUCCUCCUUUUAUUAUAUUCCGGCUCCUCCAUUUGUUUGUGUUUUGCA